CUUACGGAUCGCUUGUGUCUUAGGUUAGGUUAACUUGACAUAAAGAAUCAUGAACAAAUAGUGCAACAUGAGGGAAUUGAAAAGUGCCGCAGGUGUGCUUAGUUAAAGUCAAUUAAAGUGCCAAGCCAAGUUGUAUUUUAUUCGUUAACCUCACGUCAAUUUUUUUUUUUUUUUUUUUUUUUACAAAAUAAUCCAAAAGUGCCGUCUCCCACUAGCCUUCUUCCUUAUAAAACAGUUUCAUCCAUCCAUAAGAAAGGAAUUCCGCCCCCCGCCCCCCUCCCCCCGCCAAAAAAAAAAGGGAAGAAGAGAAGAGUGGGUGUAGAUGUGGCUAUGUCUUUUGUUCGGAUUGAGAAUGUGGGAAUGGGAUUUGUGUGGAUUGGAAUAUGUUGUAUUCUCAUGGGAGUCAACGGUGGAUGGGAUGAGGAGGUAGGAUUACUGAGAAGAGGAAGAGGUGGAUAUGGGAGAGAGUUCGAUUACUUCAAACUGUCUCUUCAAUGGCCAGCCACCUAUUGUCGGAGAACUCGCCAUUGCUGCUCUUCCAACGCCUGUUGCAGCCGCUCAAACUCGCCAUCUGUAUUCACAAUUCAUGGACUUUGGACAGAGUACAACGAUGGAACCUGGCCUGCCUGCUGUUCUGGUCCCCCAUUUGAUGAGAGGGAGAUUUCAACAUUGCUCGAGCCAUUGAGGAAGUAUUGGCCUUCCUUAAGUUGUGGUUCCCCCAGAUCUUGUCAUCAUAAAAAAGGACCAUUCUGGGCUCAUGAG